AUGGCGCACGCAGACGGAUCCGCUGAUCCAGAACGUUCCGCGGAAAAUGGGCAGCAAAGGCCAUCCGUCGGCUCUCCUGAGAAUCGUGAGACAGUGAGGGGUAGUGCAUCUUCAGACACGCCCCACACUAGCCACGCGCAAGAAAAAAGAGAGAUCUCAGCCCGAAAUCCUUCUUCUCCGUCUUCCUCCUCUACUUCAUCGUCCUCUUCCUCCUCUUCGUCCUCUUCUUCCUCUGAAAAGUUGUCUUCGUGCUCUGCGAGCCGUCCUCAGUGUAGCAGUGAGAAGGCUGCAUGCACUGUGAAGUUGAUAGGGAGUGAAGGCACGCCGAUUGCCGUCGAGCGGGAGGUCGCGGAAGAGUGUGCGAUGUUCCGGCGCAUGUUGGCCGCUGGGGGAGACGGUGCGGCGCUCUACAAAGAGGGCAAAACUCGAGAGCUCCGAUUUCCUUCGAUCCGACAUAGGGUGCUGCAAAAGGUGGUCGAUUACCUCCACUUCCGGAGACAGUGGAACCGCGAAGGCGGGCACAACGGCGCAUUCCAGGUCGAAAGCGACAUUGCCUUGGAGUUGAUGCUCGCAGCCAAUUAUCUGGGCUUGACAGAUGAAGAAACAAGCGCCUGA